AUGGCAUCAAAGGCACUAGCAGUCAUCGCGGGCGUCGGUCCAGGCACGGGUGCAUCGAUCGCCCGGCGCUUCGCCCAAGCCUACUCCGUCGUCCUUCUGGCUCGCAAUCCCGAUAACUUCAAUCCGGUGGUACAGGAGAUCAAUUCGAGCGGCGGCCAGGCUAUCGGGAUCAGUACCGACGUCGCCAACGCGGAUAGUGUCAACACGGCAUUCGAUGAGAUUGUGAAAAAGUUCCCCGACACGCCGCUAGCGGCUACGAUCUUUAAUCCGGGUGGUGGGUUUGUGAGGAAGCCUUUCCUGGAGCUUACGGAGGACGAGUUCUCUCUAGGGUUUGAGGCGCAGGCAAAAGGCGCAUUCCACAUCGCGAAGCGUUCUCUUCCUCUCUUUCUGGAAGGUAAAGACAAGCUCUCCUACCCGCCCACGCUGAUCUUCACCGGUGCCACGGCAAGUCUCAAGGGCUCUGCGAAUUUCGCAGCUUUUGCGAGUGGUAAAUUCGCUCUCCGCGCACUGGCCCAGUCGCUGGCACGGGAGUUCGGACCACAGGGCGUUCACGUCUCGCACGCUAUCAUUGAUGGGGUGAUUGAUAUCCCCCGGACCAAGGGCUGGGUGUUUGAGCAUGAAGAUGCUAAAUUGAGCCCUGAUGCGAUUGCGGAUUCGUAUUGGCAUCUGCACACUCAGCCGCGGACGACGUUCGCGUUCGAGCUGGAUCUGCGUCCUUAUAUCGAAAAGUGGUAA